GCGGCUGACUCACUCAUUGUACAGCAAGAAUCCGCCUAAACUGAGAACCAACUCAGCACAGCCUUUUUGGACCAGUCGACUGGACCAUCAGCACCUUGGAGAGAGAGAGAGAGAGAGAGAGAGAAAAAAGAUAGAGAGGAAAAAAAAGAAAGAAAGAAAGAGCUAAAAGGAUCAAACAUGUCUUCCAAGGAAAGACAGAAAGGGAGAUUAACGAAAGACAGUGUUACUCUGCUGCCUUGCUUUUAUUUCGUGGAGCUACCGAUACUGGCUUCCUCCAUUGUCAGUCUUUAUUUUCUUGAGCUCACUGAUGUGUUCAAACCAGUUCACUCCGGCUUCAACUGCUAUGACAGGACCCUAAGCAUGCCAUAUAUUGAACCCACUCAGGAAAUCAUCCCAUUUCUGAUGCUGCUUAGCUUGGCCUUUGCCGGACCUGCAGCUAUGAUUAUGAUAGGAGAAGGUAUUCUCUACUGCUGCCUGGCUAAAAGAAAAAAUGGAGUGGGAUACGAGGCCAACAUCAACGCUGGUGGCUGCAACUUCAACUCGUUUCUCAGACGAGCUGUCAGAUUUGUUGGGGUUCAUGUGUUUGGCCUGUGUGCCACAGCUCUCAUCACUGAUAUUAUUCAGCUCUCAACUGGGUACCAUGCCCCAUAUUUUCUUACCGUGUGUAAACCCAAUUAUACAUCAUUAAAUACCUCUUGUGAAGAGAAUCCAUACGUGGUGGAGGAUAUAUGCUCUGGAUCAGAUCCAUCGAUCAUGAACGCUGGCAGAAAGUCUUUUCCAUCGCAGCAUGCUACCCUUGCAGCGUUUGCAGCUGUGUAUGUUUCUAUGUAUUUCAAUGCAACCCUGACAGACUCCUCCAAACUGCUGAAACCACUGCUGGUCUUCACCUUCAUCAUCUGUGCGGUUAUCUCUGGUCUGACUCGUAUCAUCCAGUAUAAGAAUCAUCCAAUUGAUGUUUACUGUGGGUUUUUGAUAGGAGGAGGAAUUGCUGUCUACUUGGGUCUUUAUGCUGUCAGCAAUUUCCAGGCCAGUGAUGAUGGCAUAGCUCAUCAGACCCAUCACCGAGAACCUUUAAGGUCACUGACAGAUCUCAGCCAGGAGAGCAACAGACAACUCCAAGUUAAAGGUGGCAGUAGCAGUGAUGGGAUCUCAUCACACCAUUCUGAAAGCAUUCUGAACCGUAACCACAGAGAAUCCAGCUCCCUUACUAACUUAAAAAGAACGAGUGCUGACGUUGAGAUCAUCACCCCUCGUAGUCCAAUGGCGAAGGAGAACAUGGUGACUUUCAGUAACACACUGCCACGCGUCAACACCCCAUCAAUAGAUGAUACAGCCAGGAGGAAUGCUGCCAUUCAUGCUUCUAUGGAUUCUGCCCGAUCCAAGCAACUCUUAUCCCAAUGGAAGUCUAAGAAUGAGAGUCGGAAACUGUCCCUGCAAGUGAUGGAGACAGAAACUGGCCAUUCGCCACCGAGAUCCAUGGAGAUGAGAUCGAGUUCAGAACCAUCAGGAGUUGGUGUCAAUGGAGACCAUCAAGCCCAACUAAACCAAUAUCUGAAAAUCCAACCUGGUAGUAUCCCUGGGGCUAACAAUACCGCUGGCAUUGGUGGUGGGGUGAGAAUCUCCAUGCAAUCACGUCCAGGCUCUUCACAGCUUGUCCAUAUACCUGAAGAAACGCAAGAGAACAUAAAUACGUCUCCUAAACCCACCUCAGCCAGGUCAAAGUGGCUGAAAGUAGCUGAGAAGAGUGGUGUCUGCAGGGCAAGCAGCCAACCAAGAAUUAUGCAGGUUAUUGCAAUGUCCAAACAGCAAGGCAUGUUGCAGGGCAGCCCCAAGAGUACAGACGGCAGUACAGUAUCCUGCACUGGGGCGAUACGGUACAAAACGUUGACCGAGCAUGAACCUAGUAACAUUGUCAGGGUGGAAGCUCACCCAGAAAAUAACAGACCUCUUGUGCAAGUACCGUCAGGCAGUGAAGGGAGUGGAUCAUGGAAAUGGAAGGCUCAUGAGAAACCCAACAUUCGCCAAGCAUAUGAAUUGAAUGACCUUAACAGGGACUCUGAAAGCAGUGAAUCGUUAAAGGACGGCUAUGCUUCCUCCGAGAGAAAGAGAACCAAUCCUGAGAAUGCUGAACACCCUCACCCUGGCAUCACGACCAUCAGGGUGACACCGGUGGAAGGAAGCGAAGCAGCUUCCGAGACAGUUUCAAUAUCCUCCAGUCGGGACUCCACCCUCAGGAGGAAAGGUAAUAUCAUUUUAAUACCAGAAAGAAGCAACAGCCCGGAAAAUACAAGAAAUAUCUUCUACAAGGGAACAUCGCCUACCAGAGCUUACAAAGAGUGAACGCUUAUUCGAGAUCCUUGUGCAAGGACAAUCAGUUCCAAACUGAUGUUGAGUGCCAGUAGUUACAGAUGUGGAGUAAGCUGUUUUAAAUGUGUGCCACACCUCGUGUUUAUUAAUGGAAAGUUAUUGAUAUCUAAACAUGUCUGCAUGGAUCAAAUAUUUUUAAAUACUAAUAAAAGCACACAGGCAAAGCCUGAGCCUUGUGAAAAAAGUAUUUGC